AUUGUUAUUAUUAUCGCUUUAUAAACAUCUUCUAUCGUCUGUUUUCCGGUUUGUCUAUUUUACAUAUUAUUUUGACUAUCGAAUCGUCUGGACAACUGGCAUAAAACAAUAUGAAUGACAUUUUGGAAAAUGAAGAAUCUACUGUAUUGAAAUUUGUUCAAGAUUUUUUCAAUAACUAUGAUAAAAACCGUCAUAUACUCCACACAUUGUUCCCAGAAGAUGGUACAUUUGUUGUGCUUGGCAACCGCAUGGUAGGCCAUUCAUCAAUUCAACAAGCUAUGUUAACAAUGGCUACAACAACUCAUCAACUCUUCAGCAUUGAUAUUAAUACUCUCGAGAUGCCACUACCAGAAAGAGUAUCAAUGUAUCAAGUACUAUGUGCAGGUGAAGUCGAGUUUGGAAGUGAUGCACAAAUACACGGAUUUACUGCUACUCUUUUAGUAUAUUUUCAGAGGCCCAAUGUUUUGAAUGUUGUAUCGUUUGACGAACGAUGUCAAUGGCCUAAAUUGUCCUAGUGUUUAAAUAAAUAAAUUUAUAAAAUACCAAAAAGAAUAAAAAUGUUUUUAAUUUAAUAAUAUUACACAUUUACAAUGGUUAUUUUGAUUUAUGAAGGAAAACAAUUAAUGAUUGUAAAUGAAAAAUAUGUUGAGCAUAGAAUAUGUAUAUAUGUAAUUGUGUAUAUAUGUACAGACAAUUGAAUCUUUUUCACUACAAAAUAUUAAAUUAUAAUAAUGAAGGACAUUCACACAUACUGAAUUCUCAAAAUAAUAUAUAAAUGGUUUCCAUGGUAA